ACAACUUCCUCAGCCAAUCAGCGUUUACGACGUCAUCACUAUGUGCGACCCAAUUACUAUCACCAUUUUUCAGAGUCUGCCAAAAUACAAAAUAAACAACGUUCUGCACCUGCACUGCAAAAUCAGGACGUGCCACCAGCAAAAAGUUGUCAGAGACAGUCAUGGACAUGGAAUCCCUGUUGCCUAUAUCAUCUUGGGAAAUGAAAAGAAGGAAACACUUCAGCUGGCACUGGAAAAGCUAAAACCAUCAUUUUCUGUACUUCCAAGGUGCUUUAUGGUUGAUAAAGAUCAGGCUGAAAUCAAUGCCAUCCGGAGAGUGUUCAACGAGUCUGACAUUCUCCUUUGUUGGUACCAUGUAACACAAGCAGUAACUCGUUGGCUGUCAAGAUCUGAAUCUGGUGUGAGUGGGCCUGAAAAAGCAAAUUCAAGAGCAGACAUCAUGCAGAUUAUGUCAGAGCUGAAAUCCUGUUCAACGGAACAUGAAUUUAAGAAAAAAGCUGAGAUGUUUUACUGCCAUUUUAAAAACUUAAAAGAUGUCUGCAAGUACUUCAAGAAGCACUGGGAGGCAAUUGGUCAUCUGUGGUCUAACUUCGGAAGAUGCUAUAAGCAUGGAGACUCUGACACAAACAAUAUAAUUGAACGUUUCUUUCACCGUUUAAAAUACCAAUUCCUUUGUGGCAUCUGAAAUCGUAGAUUGGAUCAUCUUAGUGAUGUGCUGCUGAACAAGACUGACACGUACUUCAAUAUAAUACAGGAUUUGCAGUCUGUUGGGAGGGUCAAUAACCAUCUGGAAUGCAAAAUGGAAGAAAUAAAAAAAUCUGCUGAAAGGAUGCUAAAGAAUGGUUGGGCCACGAGAAUUACCAUAGUUUCAACAGAUACAUAUAUAUACAGUGUUUCAUCUGAGAGUAAUUCACAUGUAAUUUACAGAGUGUGUCCUGCAGAACAGUUCUGCAGUUGUGUAGCAACUGGAAACAAACAUGCAAGCAUCUCUUAUUAGUAAGCCUUCUCACUUGUGCUAGUCCAGAGACUUUUCCUGAUUUAGACACACAACUGCAGGCCCAUGCCAGUAUGUUGAUUCUGAGGCAUAAGUAUAGCAUUUCUGCAAAGCUUCAAAAAAAAUGUAGAAGUUGAAAGCUUAUUUGGAAGAGCAGCAUCAAAACCAUGUAUCAUGACAAGCAUAUGUGACUGCUGCACCUUCUCAUUUCAUAACAAAUGUGCUUGUCUUCUGCUUGCUAAGGGAGUUUUCAAUGAGGUGACUGAGACAAAGUCAAAUAGUGCUAUGAACAUUUCAGUAGAGCUGAUACACAAUGAAAUUGAGAAUGAAAGGCUAGAUGAAAUUAGGCAUCACACAACUAUCACAAAAUUGGAAAGGGUAUUAAAGAUUCUACAGACAUGGGAGAACAUUCCUGAGGAUAUUGGCCAAAAAGUGAAUGAACUAG